AAACAUGAAGACUCCCUCUCCCUCCUUCUCUCUCUCUAUAUAUAAAUCUCAUCAAAUUACAUUUAACAGAGAUAAGAACAGACUAGCAACCCUUUAGAACAAAUUAAGCAGAUCUUUUUUUUCAAUCUUCUUCCUCCAUGUCUGAUGAACAUAGAGAUCAUCAUGUUUACUACCAUGAUCUUUUCCAUGAUAAUCAAAAGCCUGCUUCCAAUAAUAUUGCUGGUUCAUCAGCAUACAAUUUGCAGGGAUUUGAUCCCUCUUCCUACAUAAGCUUCACUGAGAGCUUGCAAGCACCCAUGGACUACAACUCAUUGGCAAGUGCCUUCGGCUUGUCGCCGCCUUCGUCAGAAGUAUUUUCUUCUAUAGAAAGCAACCCGAAUUAUAAGCCGACGACGGCGGAAGUUGCAGAUUUAGGUGGCGGUGGUGGUGGAGGUGGUGGUGGUAGUGAUAUUCCGGUGGUGAGUACUCCCAACUCUUCCAUCUCUUCCUCUUCAACUGAGAUUGGCGCAGAGGAAGAUUCCGGCAAGAGUAAGAAAGAUAGGCUGUCAAAAGAAGUAGAAGAUGGAGGGGAAAGCUCUAAGAAAGUGGGGAAAGGAAAGAAGAAAGGAGAGAAAAAGCUAAGGGAGCCACGGUUUGCCUUCAUGACCAAGAGUGAGGUUGAUCAUUUGGAAGAUGGAUAUAGAUGGAGAAAAUAUGGACAGAAGGCUGUCAAAAACAGCCCUUAUCCAAGGAGCUAUUAUCGAUGCACCACACAGAAGUGCGGCGUGAAAAAACGCGUAGAGCGAUCAUUCCAAGAUCCAUCGGUUGUGAUUACAACGUACGAAGGUCAACACAACCACCCAGUUCCCGCAACGCUGAGAGGAAAUGCGGCAGGAAUUUUCCCACCUUCCAUGUUCACACCGCCGACAGGUGGAGCGACGCCGUUUCCUCAUCAUCAAGACCUCUUCCAAAUGAUGAACAGCCAAGGUGGCAGUGCAGGAUCCAACAUGUAUUCGCAGCAGAACCAGCAAUAUCAUCACCAUCAUCAUCAUCAACUUCCUGACUAUGGACUUUUACAAGACAUAAUUCCUGCUAUGUUCUUUAAACAAGAGCCAUGAGAUAGAAUCCAUCCAUCUCUCAUUGUAUAUACAGUUACUAUCUUCCUGACUUAAUUCCUAGAUCGAAAUAACAUCAUAUUUUUCUUCGCUUCUUGUUCUUUGGAAGUGAAUUGAAGUACUUGAAAUCUUUAGUUUGAAGGUAAUUAAUCUGCUUGAAUCUCCACCAUCGAUGGGAAAUGAAAUGUGUGGAAGCAGAUGAGGUUUGGUAGUGUAGUUAAGUAGUGGUUUUAGAAGAAAGAGACUUGCUUGUACUACCUAUAUAUAUUUAUAUAUAUUUUCAGUCCAA